AUGUCGAUGUUCUGGGAGCAGCAACCAGACGCUGGUCUCGGGCUCAGAAUAAUUCAACAGGCCAUAACUCGCGAGCGAUUCAAAUUCAUAACCAAACACAUAGCUCGCGCAAGCCCAUGGGAUGAUGUUGACCCUAAUUCUGACGAACCGGAUCAAGAGCCAGAGCGACCGGAUCCUAUCCGUAAGAUCCGUCCUCUGGUCAAAGGACUCAAUGAACGCUAUCAUGCAUGUAGAAAGCCUCCUAGGGGUCAGAGAAUCGACGAGUCUAUGGUUAAAUUCAAGGGCCGCUCAAUGCUGAGGCAGACGAUGAAGAACAAACCGAUCAAGUCUGGUUUCAAAAUUUGGAGCCACUGUUGCCAUAGUGGGAAUACCUAUCAGUUUGAAAUCUAUAAAGGAGCUCGCUUUGGGGAAAAGCAGGGAAGAUCUCGUAAUAACGAGGUUGUGGAGAGAGUUGUCGUUGAUCUUUGCCAACCCCUGACAGAUCAAGGAUUCGUAGUGGCCUUUGACCGGUUCUUUACAAGCAUUGCCCUCCUGGACAAGCUCCACGAGAAUGGUGUCAACGCCGUUGGAACGAUUCUUCCAAGUGGGGUCAACCAGCCCAUCAUGACGAAGAAUGAGUCGAACCUGCGGCCGGACGAAUUUGCAGCCAAGUUCGGUGGUGAGCCCGGAACAUGCUGA